UUAAAGCCUCAGUCAGGCAGUCGGCUCAGCUGCUAACACAGACUGAGAGCACAGGUUAAAUAUAGAGCCGAGUGUCAGCGCUGAGCAGAGACAAGCCGGACUUCACCACAGCUGGAAGUCUGUCGUCCUGAGGGCUCACAGACCAGAACCCAGAGAGGACGAAGCUUCGCUUAGCUGCUCUGUGGCCGCGGAGGACAGAAGAUAUUUCAGAGACCGUCAGCGCCGUGAUGUUCUGUCUGUUCUGUCUGUGAACUCAUCGGCGAGGACUGACCAGCUGGGACACCUCAGAGGAGCUGGGAGCAGGCAGCUCUUUCUAUGUGGUGAAACCCAUCAAACUUUGACAGGUAAAAAAUGCGAUCAAGGAACUGCGCCAUGGAGGGUCCAGAUGAUGGGUACAUCCAGCCCACCAAAGGUUUCAUCAAGCAGGAAGAGGAGAACACAGCAGAGCUCUCAAAGAGGAAGAUGAACGUCCAGCGAGAAGAGAAGGACGGCAGGACAGCAGUAGCCGGACCAGCCAAAAAACCUCAGAAAGCUGCAGGGAGCAGGAGGGCAGCGCUGCCGGAUCUGUCCAAGACGGACCUGCUUCACCUGCUGGGAGUCAUGGAAGGAGAAGUUCAGGCCAGAGAGGACAUCAUCAACCUGCUGAAGUCCGACAGAACCCGACCCGAGACUCUGGAGGCCCAUUACGGCUCGUCUGUCCCCUCCAAACCGCUGCAGGCCCUGCAGAGAGACGGACUGCUCGGCCGGUGCGACAGCACGGCUGAAGACGUGUACGAGAAGCCCAUGGCUGAGUUGGACCGUCUGGAGGACAAACAGAGGGAGACGUACAGACGGAUGUUGGAGCAGCUGCUGCUGGCUGAGAAGUGUCACCGGAGGACCGUCAUGGAGCUGGACAACGAGAAACGCAAACACGCCGACUUCAUGAACAAGAGCGACGACUUCACCAACCUGCUGGAGCAGGAGAGGGAGAGACUCAAGAGGCUGCUGGAGCAGGAAAAGGCCUACCAGGCUCGUAAGGACAAGGACCACAGCAGGAGGCUGGAGAAGGUCAGAGCGGAGCUGGUCAAGCUCAAGUCCUUUGCCCUGAUGCUGGUAGAUGAGCGGCAGCUACACAUAGAGCAGAUUGACCAACAGAGCCAGAAGGUCCAGGACCUGACUCAGAAGCUCCAGGACAAAGAACAGCGUUUGGCAGUGGUCACUGAAGGUGCGAAGGAGGACGGCCAGAAGGUCCUCAAGCUGGAGGCUGAGCUGGAGCACAGAGCGGCCAAGUUUGCACAAGAACACGAGGAGAUGACUGCCAAACUGACCAACGAAGAGUCCCAGAGCAGACAGCUGAGACUGAAGCUGGUUGGAUUGGCACACAAAAUCGAAGAGCUCGAGGAGAACAACAAGGUGCUGCGUAAGUCAGAGGAGGACCUGCAGGAGCUGAGGGAGAAGAUCAGCAAAGGGGAAUGUGGGAAUUCAUCUCUCAUGGCCGAGCUGGAGAAUUUGAGGAAGAGAGUGCUGGAGAUGGAGGGCAAAGAUGAGGAGAUCACCAAAACAGAGGCUCAGUGCAGGGAGCUGAGGAAAAAGCUGCAGGAUGAGGAAAACCACAGCAAGGAGCUGAGGUUGGAGGUGGACAAACUGCAGAAGAGAAUGGUUCAGCUAGAAAAACUGGAGGGGGCCUUCAAUAGAAGCAAAACAGAGUGCUCUCAGUUACAUUCAAACCUGGAAAAAGAGAAAUGUGUUGUGAAGGAUCUGGCCGGCGAGCUGGAGACAGUGAAGACACGGCUGAAAGAACUGGAGUGCUCAGAGUCAAAGUUUGAAAAGGCAGAAAUGGCCCUCAAAGAUGAUCUUAUGAAGCUGAAGUCCUUCACGGUUAUACUGGUAGAUGAAAGAAAAAACAUGGCGGAGAGACUGAAACAGGAAGAACAGAAAAGUGAUGAUUUAAGUAAGAUGUUCAAAGCGGAGCAGGCCAAGGUAACUGAGGUCACAGAGAAACUGAUUGAGGAGAGCAAAAAACUUCUCAAAUUCAAAUCAGAAAUGGAGGUUAAAGUGACAACUCUCAUCAAAGAGAAAGAGGAGUUAAAAACUAAACUUGCAAGUGAAGAGGAAAAGUGUAUGGAGCUGAAUGCCAAACUUAGCGGUAUGAAAAUAAGAAUAGACGGACUCGAGGAGUCAGAGAAGCAAAUGCAGAGAAAGUGGACUGGCAAAGACAAUAGCAGAAAUCCAGAAGACAACAACAAAGUAAAAGAGCUCACGCUAGAAAUUGAAAGACUUAAGAGCAGACUCGAACAACUUGAGGUGGUCGAGGGAGAUUUAAUGAAAACAGAGGAUGAGUACGAUCUACUGGAGAAGAAAUUCAGAACGGAGCAGGACAAAGCAAAUGCCCUCUCGAAGAUGCUGGAAGAAAUGAAAAGUCAGAUCGCAAGAAACAAAGCCAUCGAGAAAGGUGAGGUCAUGAGUCCAGAGGCUGAGCUUAGGAUUCGCUGCAAGAUGGAGGAGGCCAAAACCAGAGAGCUGCAGGUGGACAUCCAGGCCCUGAAGGAGAAAAUCCAUGAACUGAUGAAUAAGGAGGACCAGCUCUCCCAGCUGCAGGUGGAUUAUUCUGUCCUCCAGCAGAGGUUCAUGGAAGAGGAGGAGAAGAAGAAAAGUAUGAGCAAUGAAGUCGCCAACCUUACUAAAGAAUUGGAAGCCAGCAAGCGCUACAGUCGUGCCUUGAGGCCCAGUAUGAAUGGCAGUAGGAUGGUCAAUGUCCCAGUUACCUCCACAGCAGUGCAGACAGAUGCCAUAUGCAGUGAGCCUGCUGACGAUGAGACGGCGGCUGGCUUCAUCCGGAAAUCUGUCCUUGAGGAAAACCACUUAAUGAGCAACCUCAGACAACGGGGUCUUAAAAAGCCAGCAGUUCUGGAUCGAUACCCUCCAGCUUCAGCAGAACUCGCAGCAGGAAAAUCCUGGAUACCCUGGAUGAAGAAGAGGGAAGCCAUCACACUCACUCACACCACCCCUGAGAAGACCAAUGGGGCAUCCUUGCUCCAUCCACCUGAGGUGAACAUGUCACAAAAGCCAGGACAGCCACUGCGCAUCCGUGUGACCCCAGAUCACGAGAACAGCACCGCCACCUUGGAGAUCACCAGCCCUCGAGCCGAGGAUUUCUUCUCCAGCACCACAAUCAUCCCAACUCUUGGCCUUCAGAAGCCUCGCAUCACAAUCGUCCCUAAGCCCACCACCGUGACCUCAAAGACCAAAGCCUGUGAAAUGAUGGGUGGUCUCGAUCGAGCCAAAUCUCCUGUCACGAUAACCACCAUCUCCAGGGCCAAGAGUCCAGACAAGACCAACAGCUGCAGUUCUGACGGCCUUCAGUCCCCGGUGUCCAUCAUCACAGUCAGCACUACUCCUGUGGCUGAGGCGUGUGCUUCACCUGAGCCUCACAUCACCACAGGCCGCACGGUGAUCAAGGUGACUCCAGAGAAGCAACCGGGGCCAACGCCAUACAGGAAAUUCAACGGCAAAAGCAACAUCAUCACAACAGAGGACAACAAGAUCCACAUCCACUUGGGUCCACAGUUUAAACGGCCCUCUGAGGGCUGCAGUGGUCCAGCCUCUGUGCCUUGUCUGGGUUUAGAAAGCAGCAAGGAAAUGCAAACAGGAACGGUGCUCCGCUCGCCACGCCAACCUUCAGCGGGGAAGACGACUCCGAGCAAAAUGACAAGCAGCAUAACAAUCACACCCAUCACCUCGGCGUCGUCCAGGCCGACGCAGUCAGUGCCCAGUUCGGAUGUGCAGUCAGCUCGGAGCGCGGCCACACGGAUCCCGAUGUCAAAAGGUAUGAAGCCGAGCAGCAAGGCGGUUCUGGGCGUGUCGACGGUGACGAGACUGGAGUCGAGGGCCGAGAGUCAGUCGAUGAAAAUCGAGCUGAGGAAGUCGGCAGUUUGUGGCUCUGCUGCCGCAGCAGGAGGGAAGAGCUGAGGGCUAAAUACGCUGCCGUGGCCAGGACUCGAUGUGUUCGUCACCUGCUGCCAAACAUUAAUUACAGGCCACAACAAUGUACGGGACUCUGUGGAUGAUGUCGCCUCUUUGCUUUCCAAACAUUAUUUUAUUUCACGUGUACACGUUUUCAGGAAAUAUUUGAUGUACUUUCAAGGGCAGACUUUUAAGAUUUUAUGUUAUUCUGAAUUUGCAGCACCCGCAGCUCUUUGCAUGUCUCUUUUGCAUCUCAAUGCGUUUUGAUUAACUUCAUUCUGGCAGUAUUUGGCAGUAGCUCUAGACCUGUUCUCAUCAAUUACAUUUUUCAUGGUAUGUGUUAAUUUCACCACUGCUUCUGGGGGUUUCCAGUCACUGAAGCACUGUGACUCGUUUGUGACAGUAUGAAUUGAACUGAAAUAAAAUGAAACCUAUUUAUCUGUGAAUAUGGCAUUGCCUCAUAGCAUUCAUUUGCCCAAAGAGACCUGCAUAAAGAUCUCAUUCCUGCAGGAAGACACAGACAGGCAGGAAGAAUCGCUCUCCUCACUGGAUCACACUACAUUUCUGUCAAAGUUUUUCAGCAUGACACAGCAGGUUCUGUAAGCAUCACACGCCCUCUCGUGGACAAGUAAAGCAUUACAAAACGACCAGGGAUUCUGUUGGGAAGAACCAGAGAGCUGAAGUCCGACAGUAGCAGUGUUUGUCUUACUGCAGCCUCUGAUCAAACACAAAACAAUAAAGUACAGUUAUCUGAAGGCUCUUCUGAAGGCCCUUCUGUUCUCUAAAAGGAGAGUGGGGACCAGAACAAUGCAGCUGAUCUCCACAAACUCUGCUGCCUCGAUUAGGUUCUAAUAACCACACAGCCAAGAGGAUGAGAGGAUGGGAAACACUGCUGAUGUAAGGAAACAAAGGGGUGACAGAGGAGGCAUUAAACCAUGCAGCGAGGAGGUGGUAAUAGAGUCUGGAAAACAGGAGGAUAAACAUGAAGCGAGUGUGAAACAGUGAGUCAGAACAAGCUGAGGGUUUUUGUUUCCGCUGCAGUGCGUUGGCCACGACUCCCCUGAGGCUGCUGCAGGGAGAUUUACAUGGAUCAGGUUCUCUUCCUGGGAGCAACAUCAGAGGCCGAGCAGGAUUAUUAACAUCACAUAGCAUCAUCUUCUCCUUCUCGCUCACA